UAAUUUCUUAACUUAUCUUUUUGUUGUCCAAUUACUUCACAUUUAACAAUUUGUAAAAUGAACAUCACCAUUGUUAUGGAUGGUUAUGAAUUUUCCAUGGAAAUAAACCCUCAAGAACCAAUUCUCCAAACAAAACAAAAAUUACAAAACUUCCUAGGAGUACCAGUGGCUUCACAAACUCUUUCAGUUUUGGGGUUUGAAUUAUUGGAUGGAUUCAACAUUCAAGAUUAUCCAACAAUUAAACAAGGUACAAAAAUCCAAUUAACCAUCCAAAAUAUUACUAUUGGAGAAACAUCCUUACAACAACAGAAUAUUAUUGUUUCUUCAAAAUUCCAAAUUAUUGUGAAAAUGUCAUCAAGAAAAUUAAACAUAGACAUCGACAGUAGUGAAACUGUACGAAGCCUAAAAGAAAAAAUUCACAUAAUCGAUGGGACCCCGAUAAGGAGAAUGUCUCUUUACUUUUCUGGAAACGAAUUAAACGACGAAUAUCGAAGUUUAAUGGAAUAUGGGGUUCAAGAAUUUUCAGAAAUUAUUGUUUUAUUAAAGACUAUGUCACGUAUGGUUACUGAUCCACCUUCAAGAGGAAUUAGCCUAGUGGUACAAACAUCAUCUAGUUUGCUUAAUUCAGCAAAAAUUCCAGUUGAAAUGAGUGAUUUGGGGACGGUAAAUGAUUUGAGACAACUAUUAUUAGAUCGAAAAAUUCUUCCUAUGGAUGAAUAUAUUUUUAUUCACAAACAAAGGAUUAUGAGGGAUAAUUGUAGUCUUCGUUGGCAUGGUGUUGAAAAUGGGGAUUUUGUUUAUGUUUUUAAAGGGUCUGUUAGUAGGGAAGAACGUUGAAAACAACUACUAUAUAUGUUAUCUACUAUAUUCUUAUUUUUCUAUGUAGCAGUAGAUAUAUUUAACUAGUAUUAUAGAAGUAUGCUCUUAUAUGCAUAUGUAAUUGUGAGUUCUUACACUUACAUACUAAUAUUGGAAGCUAUCGAUUCCUAAUAAAAUGUAGCAUGAUAGUAAUAUGAAA